GAAGCUACCCAGCAUGCACUGCUCUCAGCCACUCACUCACUGUCAGUUCUAUUCAGUAACAAGUAGAAAGCAGUAAAACUCUGCAGGCAGAUCCACUGAGCUCUGUAAUCCCAUUUCCCUUUAUUCUGGUGCCCACAUGCGGCUGCUCCUGCACUGCCAGCUCUCCUGAUCUGCAUCUGCCCACCAGCAAUAUGGCCGCCUCUCUGGGGCAGGGACAACUCUGAGAGGGAAGCCAUUGUUUGAUUGGUCUGAAACCGAACCAGCUCAUUGGCUAAAGGGCGGAGCUGCCUUCCCAGGGGGAGGGGCGAGAGAUCUUUGUGCUUCUGUGUUUACCCAGACCGGAUAGAGGGAAAGGCUGAACCCUUCCUGUAACUGCCUUAUUCUGUGUCCCUGGGCUGCUGGGGGGGUACAUGAAGGCGGAACCCAAUUUAGACUCUGCUGAACUGCCCAAACCAGAGACUGACUCGGAGUCCGGCACAAGAGAUGGCGAUUGCUUAACAAGCUCUGAUGGAUCAGGUUUUAUCUGCUAUAAGUGUGGGGAAACCUUCACUGUGAAUAGCCAUCUUCUCGCCCACCUCUGUGGGACACACGGGGGAAUUUGUGCAGGGGAGAAACCUUCCACCUGUUCAGAACGUGGAAAAGGUUUUACUGAAAAGAGCAACCUUCAGGUACAUUUGAGAAAUCACACUGGGGAGAAACCAUUCACCUGCACAGAAUGUGGGAAAGGUUUUACUUCCAGAGGGAAACUUCAAUACCACCAACAGAUUCACACAGGAGAGAAACCAUUCACUUGUUUAGAAUGUGGGAAACAUUUUACUGACAAGAGCAACCUUCACAGGCAUGAGAGAACUCACACUGGGGAGAAACCAUACACCUGUACAGAAUGUGGGAAAUGUUUUACUAAUAAGAGUUCCCUUAAAUGCCACCAAAUAAGUCACAUUGGUGAGAAACCAUUUACCUGCACAGAAUGCGGGAAAUGUUUUACUACAAAGAACUACCUUCACAUACAUUUGAGAAUUCACACUGGUGAGAAACCAUUUACCUGCACAGAGUGUGGGAAAAGCUUUACAUUAAUGUCCAGCCUUCGUUUACAUUUGAGAAUUCACACUGGGGAGAAACCAUUCACCUGCACAGAAUGUGGGAAAUAUUUUACUUCAAAGAGUGAACUUAACAAACAUUUGAGAAAUCACACAGGGGAGAAACCAUUCACCUGCACAGAAUGUGGGAAAGGAUUUACUUCCAGAGGGAAACUUCAAAACCACCAAAAGAUUCACAUAGGGGAGAAACCUUUCACUUGUUUAGAAUGUGGGAAACAUUUUACUGACAAGAGCAACCUUCACAGGCAUGAGAGAACUCACACUGGGGAGAAACCAUUCACCUGUACAGAAUGUGGGAAAUGUUUUACUAAUAAGCGUUCCCUUAAAUGCCACCAAAUAAGUCACAUUGGUGAGAAACCAUUUACCUGCGCAGAAUGUGGGAAAGGUUUUACUGAAAAGACUAAACUUAAAUGCCACCAAAAAAUUCACACUGGGGAGAAACCAUUUACCUGCACAGAAUGUGGGAAAAGCUUUACCUUAAUGUCCGGCCUUCGUGUACAUUUGAGAAUUCACACUGGGGAGAAACCAUUCACCUGCACAGAAUGUGUGAAAGGUUUUACUACAAAGAGUGAACUUAACAAACAUUUGAGAAUUCACACAGGGGAGAAACCAUUCAUCUGCACAGAAUGUGGGAAAGGAUUUACUUCCAGAGGGAAACUUCAAAACCACGAAAAGAUUCACACAGGGGAGAAACCAUUCACCUGCACAGAAUGUGGGAAAGGAUUUACUUCCAGAGGGAACCUUCAAAACCACCAAAAGAUUCACACAGGGGAGAAACCAUUCACUUGUUUAGAAUGUGGGAAACAUUUUACUGACAAGAGCAGCCUUCACAGGCAUGAGAGAACUCACACUGGGGAGAAACCAUUGACCUGUAGAGAAUGCGAGAGAGGUUUUGCUACAAAGCAUGAACUUAACACACAUUUGAGAACUCACAACGAGGAGAAACCUUUCACCUGUACAGAAUGUGGGAAAGCUUUUGGUAGACAAACCCACCUUCACACGCACCAGAGAAUUCACACUGGGGAGAAACCAUUCACUUGUACAGAAUGUGGGAAAGGUUUUAUUACAAAGUGUGAACUUAACACACAUUUGAGAAUUCACACAGGGGAGAAACCAUUCACCUGUACAGAAUGUGGGAAAACUUUUACUACAAAGAGCCACCUUCACAGACACCAGAGAAUUCACACUGUGGAGAAACCAUUCACCUGUACAGAAUGUGGGAAAGGUUUUAUUACAAAGCGUGAACUUAACACACAUUUGAGUACUCACACAGGGGAGAAACCUUUCACCUGUACAGAAUGUGGGAAAUGUUUUACUGAAAAGCACGACCUUCAUCUACAUGAAAGAAUUCACUCCGGGGAGAAACCGUUUUAG